AUGUAUUGCCAGAAUUGUCGCACUCCUCUCAAGCUGGAUGGCUCCCUUGAGUCGCUCAAUCCCGCAGCCUUCAACCUGCUAGUCGGCUCUACAGGUAAAUCAGUCCCAGAUCAUGGCUCCAAUUCGUCGUCCAAACCGAGUUAUCCUCAAGAACGACGUGAGCUCUACGAUAGAGUGUCCAAGCAACCUACAUCACCGGUGUAUCAAAGAUCGAUCCCCCCUCCACGGCAGGCUGGGCGCAACCAAGCCAAUCCAGUGCGACUAAGUCGAGGUGAUAGUGGCAAUAUGUCUUUUGUUAUGCUCACCGAAUCUCAAGUCGGACCGCCUCACGGUGGUUCCGGAACGAAUGGCGACAACCUAUCCCAGGGCAACAGGCCUACGGGCACGUACAACCACAGCCGCGGCGUCGACGAAGGGUCCUUUGCAGACCAGGUCGAACGAACCGCCCGGCUUUUUGACAUCAUUUCUGCUCGUUCGGACAUUGACCACCCUAUAUGUACGGAGUGUACCGACCUACUGGUAGAAGGGAUGGAGAAACGACUGGCAGAUGCAAAGAAAGAGCGAGAUGCAUAUAGCUCGUUCUUGCGAGAUUUGAAGUCUUCAAUCCCGAGUGCGGAAGAACUUGAUACUGCUCAGCAGUCUCUCCAAGAGACCUUGGCCGCGGAGGAGGCUGCUAUUGCGGAACUUCUCGCUCUCGAGAAAGAGAAGGCCGCCCUGGACGACGAAAUCGCUGGUCUCGAGGAUGAAUCUCGUCAGCUGGAUCUCGAGGAAGAGAAAUUCUGGCGGGAUCGCAAUGCCUUUGCUCUCACCUUUGCCGAAUUCCAGAACGAACGGGAUGCGCUGAACAUGAAAUAUGACCAUGAUUCCCGUCAGCUGGAGAGGCUACAGAGGACCAAUGUGUACAACGAUGCCUUUUGCAUUGGUCACGAUGGCUAUUUCGGCACCAUCAACGGGCUGCGACUCGGUCGCUUGACCAACCCGUCAGUGGACUGGCCAGAGAUCAAUGCUGCUUGGGGCCAGACAGCUCUCCUGCUGGCGACCAUUGCCAACAAAUUAGGAUUCCAGUUUCAAGGGUAUCAAAUCAAGCCAAUGGGCUCGAUGUCCCGGAUCGACGAAAUCAAACCGUCCCGCCCGUCCCCAGCUCAAUCUGUGAUCGGUGGAGGAAAUACAGCACCAUCCGUGGCUCCUAAGGUCACCACGUACGACCUGUUCUCGUCGGGCGAGCUGCCGCUGAACCUACCCUGGCUUCACCGCCGAUUCGACUCGGGAAUGGUGGCUUUUCUGGAAUGUUUACGUCAACUAGGCGAGUUUGUGGAGAAGACACCGGUGCCUGUGGCACCUAGUCGCCGGGGUCACGCGACUGCCCCGGUGAACGGUCUGAAGCUGCCAUAUGAGAUCAAAGAUGGUAAGAUUGGCGAUGCGAGCAUCAGGCUUGGGUUCAAUCAGAACGAUGAGACCUGGACCCGUGCUUGCAAGUAUACUCUUACUUGUUGUAAGUUCUUGCUGGCUCAUGCGAGCAAUGUUGCUAGUGCAGGCUCUGGCAACUCCGCUGCCGUGGCAGCUGCGGCCGUUGCAGCUGGAGAACAGGCCGCCAACCCUUCCAGCAAAUGA